AUGAUGGGUAGCAUAUCCCAGCUCUACGUUGAGGACGAUUCACCGGAGAUCGUCUACUACCCGUUCGUAGACACGAGCCUCAGCCCAAAUGUUUCUGCAGGCUGGGAGCAGGUUUACUCGGUUUCAGGCGUUGCAUCUUCUCCGGGUCAGGGUGGUGAAGGAUACAGCACACACACUACCAGCCUCAAUGAGGCAAGCUUUAUGAUUAAAUGGAACGGCACUGGUAUUGAUCUCCUAGGGAGUGUCCAAAAUGCAUCUUAUCAAAUAACCUUGGACGGAAUCGACAUCUCUCCCAAUACAUCUGACCCGGAAUCCAUCCUUGCUUCCCUUCACGAUUUAACCAACACGAAUCACACAAUGCUGUUAACGACUCUCACGAACCAAACGAUUUCAGACUCAUAUGUAUUUUUUGACAAGGCUCUCAUCACCUAUACAGCCCCCCCCGGCAUUGUCAACUCAACGGCUAACUCGACGACCAUCGACGACGAUAACGACAUUACAUUUGUGGGUAGAUGGAGUUAUGUGACUGACAGCUCGGGAAAUUCUAUGCAUAUAUCCAACACUGCCGGUGACCAUGCUCAGACCACAUUCAUAGGAUCGGCCUUAACUGUCUACGGCCUCGUGUCUUCGUAUUCUGGAAAUUAUUCUGUCACACUCGAUAACAUCACCACUAGCUUCUCAGCUUUAUCCUCUUAUAAUAAUUCAAAUGCGUUGCUGUUGUUCGCUACCGAAUUGUCUCAAGAUACCACUCAUACAGUCGUCCUCACCAACACUCAGAACGCAACAUUUGCUAUGAAAGUUGGUGGGAUGAACAUCACCACCUUCGGCAAUGCCACUGUAGAUACCGCUACCAUCUUGUCCUCAUCAAGCAACUCGACUUACGCCGGGACCAUUGCCGCUAUUGUACUCGCAGGUAUCCUCAUGUACUGGCUAUUUGUUAAAUUGAGCCACUCGCUCUCCAAGAAAAUGGUGGACCCAGAACAUGUCAUUGACAUCAGCCCUCCAGGCGAAGAAGAGACCGAAGUGGCAAGCUUAAGUACCAGCAAAGGGUAUGGAUUCGGACUUGGCCUGCAACGCACCUUCCCCUUUGUCCGCAAAACGAAGAACGGGGGCAGCAGCAGCGGCCACGUUGACAAUACGCGCUCGCGUUCCGUGUCCCACGUUGCAAUUUCACCUGAGGAGCGAGACGUCGACAAGCGCUUCUCGACCAACACCCUCACCGUAGAGUUCACUGCCUUGGGUUUUCCGCCGGAAUCUGAGAAACUAGCGCCAGGCUGGAGCAAUCCUAUCGCACGCACGUCGUUCGGUUCCAUGGGAAAAGGACACACGCGAGUAGGAAGCCACAGAUUGGCGCUUCCGGAACUGUGUGUGGAAGGAGUGGGCGUAGACGAUGUGUACGAUGAUGACGAUGCAGAUGCCAAGACCCUUACGUCACGGCAAGAUGAAACGCUUGCCGCAACGCUUUCUCUUAGCCCGCGAACAUCGGAAGCGCCAGGUGUCUUCGUUCCCGCCGUACAUUCAAUUGCGGAGAUUGAGUGCGCGAUAACGGAGAAUGAUGACGGGGAGUCCUCCGUGCCAUCUCGGCCUGUCUCACGGUUUCUGGAAGUGAGAGAGACCACCCCGUUCAGGGUAGAUAUUGGAGCUAUUCUCGGUCAGCUCAGGGGACGUCAGGACUCACGACGGACGAGUGUGAGCGGGAAUAGUAGUUGGUCUCGGGUUUGUGCCAGACUCUACCGAAAAGCUCACAGAGAUGACGGGAAGCAGAGCGUCCACGAGGACAAGUCUGAGAACCCCAGCCCUGAGUCGGUCCCGGUCGUUAUGCUCCAAUCAGGAUCGGGAUCAGAGCCGCCUCCAAGCGAGGACGCGCCUGCCUCAGGCACUUACUCCUUCCUCGACUUUAGUUCGUCGUAUUCAUCAUCACAUCGGCAAUCGAAGUCCACCACGCUAAACUCAGCCGCAGCCGAAUUGGGGCACAGCGGAGUCCGUACGCCAUGGAGCGAUAGCACGUCCAUGCGGAUGGUGCGCAUCGAACGCGAUAAACCUGAGGACGCAAUGCAUUCCGGACCCGAUGCACCUUCUACUGCGUCUCAGGGAUCUCACAACGAAAGUCCUUCCGAUAAAUCCAAUGCUCAUUCUUCGCCGUCUGGACAUGCUACACACACUACCCAUGGAUCCUCGUUUCCCUUCCCUAUUACUAUUCCGCCUUCAACGCACAUGCCGCACCCCUUUAAUAUCGACUACCAGCGCGAAAGCGAGCACGUGGAACUUCAGUCUUUCUCACCUCCUCGUCCACCAUCACCUCCUGUACCCCGGCAAGCGCAGGCUACAGAACCUCGACAUUCAGGUCUCCCAUCAGAUGCAAACUCUCCCACCUCUCCCACAGAGAGUGUGCCCUUCUCCGUAUCGGAUGUCCAUUUCCGACAUAGUCACUCUGAUUACACUGACAUUGACUCACGGAGAGAAAGCGCAGCCUCCACCCUACCUCCACAUCCGCCUCUCCCUAACUCGCAGCCAAACACUCCACCGCCGUACAUUGUGCAGCGUGUACUUGGAAUGACACCCGUUACUCCACAGUUUCCUGCGACUCGUCUUGCGGCAGGUCCUGCAAGCCAUACGUCAUCAAUAAUUGCGGAGCGGUUGAUUGGUCCUAGACCUCGGCCUUCGACAUCUGGAUCACCACACUUGCGACUACCUUUACAAGGCUCAUGGAGCCGUGACAAAAGAAGCAAUGAUCAGUAAUAGGCUGCCAUCUUUCCCAAGAUAACUUCAAUGAUUGUUCAAUGAUGACGAUUUCUUGGACGAUAUAUCUCAUGCUUCUUUCAUUUACCCAUUAAUUUUUGGAAGAUACCCCAUUUUGCACUGAUUACGCUCUGGCCUCACAGACCGAUCUCGUUGUCACUCCCUUUGGGUUAUCAUUCACGCAUUUGUACCCUACUACUGCAAUUUUUUUUUCACAAUUGCAUUUUUGUUUUCCGUGGUGAUGAG